GGACAAACGUGAAAAGACAAAUUUGCCAUCUUCCGUCAAUUCUUCAGCUUCUUCCUCCUUCAAAUUCAUAUCAUAAAUUUCACACUUUUUGCUUUGAAAGUUAAAGAAAACGAUGAAAGAGAUCCUUUUUCUUCUUCUUCUUCUUCUUGUUGUGCUCUCGUUGGCCUUUCAAUUGACCCUCUCAGUCGCAGUGUUUGACUCCCAAUCUGCUUCUCUACUGCCUCAUGCUCAUGAAUCCUUCAAUAUCAGUUAUAUUCAGAUGAAGAACGCUGCAAGUUGUUCUUACUUGGUGGUUAUAUCUACUAGUUGUUCAUCUCCUAGGUAUACAACGGAUCAAAUCAGUAUUGCUUUUGGAGAUGCUUAUGGAAAUCAGAUAUACUCACCAAGAUUGGAUGAUCCAUCUUCUGGUACAUUUGAGAGCUGUUCUUCAGAUACAUUUCAGAUAAAUGGUCCAUGCGCAUAUCAGAUAUGCUAUGUCUACCUCUAUAGAUCUGGCUCAAGUGGUUGGAAACCCGACACUGUGAAAAUCAAUGGUUAUAAUGGCAGACCUGUUACUUUCUACUACAACACUUUCAUUCCCAGAGAUACUUGGUAUGGGUUUGAUUUGUGCAACAAUGCUGCUUCUUCAUACAAAGUAACUGCUCAGAAAUGUCUAUUAUUAGUAAUUCUGGGAUUUGUUCUAAGUUUUUUGUUGUAAUUUAUGUGCUUUUCAUCCACUACAUACAUGUCCUAUACUAGUAAUUUCUAACAAUGAAACUUUAUAGUUAAGUAUUGUAUACAGAAGUAGUAGUGACACAAAAUGUGGAAGACCCUUUACCAAGUUGGUUGAUUACUUAAUUAUGUUUGCUUUCUAGUUCCUUUUCAAA